AUGUUGCUAACAAUUUACAGAAACCAUCCAAAAAAGACUUUAUUAUUCUUAAUUCUUCUAUUUGGUGGAAUUACCUACAAAUUUAGAUCACAUUUAUUUAAUGCUUUCUUAUAAAAAAUGCAGAGUAAAUUAACUAAAGAAAUGUAAUUAUAAAUGGAAAAAGGCCAGAGAAUCAAUACAAAACUUGAUUAAAUAUAAUAGAUUGUUGAUGAAUUCUAUGAUAAUAAGGGAUUCUUGAAUACUAUUUCUACAAUCUUAAAUUUAGAGGAAAUCACUACAAUUGGAAAUAAAUUGAAAUAAAAUAAAGAAUCAACUUAAGAAUAAAAGUCUCUCAUGUAUUAAACAAUGAAUCAAUAAUUUUUAAUCUUUGAAGUGUCAACCAUUAUUCUUUUGAAAAAAUCAGAAUGUUUACUUUUAUUAUCUAAAAUUCUGAUACUCACAAUCACAGUUGAAGAGGAAUAAAUUUUUAUUCAAAAUUUACUUGAAUAAAUUUAAUAGACAAUAUUAAAUCAAUAAUAUCUUUAAAUUGUUGCUAUUAUUUAAGAAGAAUUUACAAGAGAUCCUCUAAAAUAUAAUUAUGAUAAACAAGCUAACUUAAAAGAAAUAAUUAAAAAUUUAGUUUAACUUUGUCAAAAAGAAUUUAUGGAAAAUAAAUUUCAUUAACUAAUUUAAAAUAAAUGUAGGGAAGAAUUUAAACAAAAAAUUAUUUAAUUUUAAUAAUACUAUUAAGGAUAAAAUUUAAAAACUAUUCAAGAAUAGUCAAAGUAAUUAGUUGAACAUCUGAUUAAAGUUAAUAAUUCUUUGGCAGUGUAAACUUUUUCUAAUUAUUCAAUAUCUUAUAAUUAUUAGAAGCUUGAUAACAGAAUUUAACUAAUCCCUCAAAUUAAUGAGAUAAACAAUCAAAUUCUUAUAAAAUAAUUGAUAAAACAUCAUUAAGUUAUAAAAGAAGAAUUUUAUGCUAAAGAGAGUAUAUAAAACAAUAGUAACUAUUAUUAAAAAAUAUUAAAAUAAAGUCUCAAAAUUAAAGAGGAAUAAUCAGCUUAAAAUAAUCUAUAAUCAGAUAAUAAUUUAAUAUAAAUUUAAAAAGUAUUACAUGAAUUUAAGAUUUCUGAGAUUUUGAAAUAAUCUUAAAAUUAAAUUAUUAGGAAGCUAAUAUUUGGAAUGGAACUUGAUGAAACUCCAAGUUCCUAGAAAUAAUCUUUGGGAUAAUUAGCAUAAGGAAUUUGA